AAAGCUGUUGCCAGCCCACGGUCGAGGUGAUUGUAAUUCUUUGAUAACGCCGGACAGCACAGUUUAACCAACAUCUAUCAACACGCUACGGAAUAUGUAAAGUAUCUGUGUCGGCACGUGCUGUUUACGUAAUCCACACUCCCGAUCUCCAUACAUUCAUAACUUUGAUCGUCGUCGUUACUCACAGUCGACUCGAUUAAAAUUGUGACAACUGAAAGACAGUUCCUAUAGACCAUGUCACAGAGAACUACGUGGCAAAUGCUGACAAUGGUGCUUGGAAAUGGGAGAGAUGAAAUUCAGUAACUUUAGUCGAACGAGCUUAUCAUAUUUGAUCAAUUAUUAUUUUUUAAAGAAGUUACAAUGGUGACUGAGUUGUGGAGCAGAAGGGAAAAGAACUUGUGGACGCUAGCGUUGUUUGUGGGAACUGUGCUGAAUUUUGCUGCAAGAAACUCUUUUCCGUUAUCCGCUGUGGAGAUAUCCAAAGAACUGAACUGGGAUAAAAGGGAUACAGGUUUGGUUUUAUCCUGUUUUUACUGGGGAUAUGCAUCAACGCAGAUCCUCUCUGGCUGGCUGAGUGACAAAUAUGGAGGCGAUCAAGUUGUUACCAUGGCAACAUUUAUAUGGGGAGCUCUCACUCUUCUCAUGCCCUUACUUGUGUAUUUAUUUGAAAUCAAGUCUCAGCAACUUAGGUUUUUAGUCUGUUUUAGGAUUCUCUUUGCAGCUACACAGGCGUUUCACUAUCCGGCUGUAGCUAGUAUACUUUCCACAAAAGUCUCAGAUAACUCUAAAUCUAGAACAUAUUCAACAGUGAUGUCUGGUACAUCAGCUGGGAAUGUUCUCUCGGGCAGUGUAGGAUCAUUACUUUUGAUGCAUUAUGGUUGGCACAGCGUAUUUUAUACAUUUGGAUUUCUCAGUCUUGCAUGGGCUCUUGUCGUUAGAUUAUAUUUAAUGAAAGUCAAUAGAAGUGAAAUUCCCCUCGCUCAUGUAAACGGUGCUAAAGAUAUAAAAAAGAGUAUUACCCCAAAGAAGACUAUACCAUGGGGUGUGUUGUUCAGACAUCCAGCAUUUUGGGCAAUGAUUUUUGGACGAUUUUGUCUCAACUAUGUAUUUCAUCUGUUAUUUUCUUGGUUACCAACAUAUUUUACUGAAAAAUUUCCAGAUCAAAAGGGUUAUGUUUUUAAUGUAAUACCAUGGUUACUAUGUGUACCAUCCUCCAUCCUGUCUGGAUACAUUGCUGAUUAUAUAAUAUCAUACGGAUACUCAGUUACUGUUGCCAGAAAGUGUUUACAUACAUUGGAAUGUGGUGGCGUUGUCAUGUGCCUUUUAGCUAUCAGUUAUUCACAUGACUUUUCAACAGCUAUAUUUUUUGCAACAUCAGCUCUAGUGUUCCAGUCAUUCGGUCUUGCUGGUGUAUUUGCCAAUCCUCAGGAUAUAGCACCAGAUUUCACUGGUGCUGUGUUUGGUCUAAUGAACACAGCUGGCGCUAUUCCUGGAUUCAUCGGUGUCUACGUCGCUGGUCACAUACUGGAAUACUCGCACAGUUGGCCAUUUGUUUACAUGACAACUGCAUGUGUAUCUUUCACAGGGUGGUUGAUAUUCAUGGUGUUUGGAAGUGGGGAAAAAAUAAUUUAACUUGGCUUUGUUUGCCAUAAACUGCUGAAAAACAAGUGCUCUAUUACAUUAUUAUAUUUUAAAGAAAUUAUUUAUUUUUAAAUCAAAAUAUAUACCUUCACAUAAUGACAAAAAAAUUAACAUACUCGAUUUUCCAGCCUUUAAAAGUGCUCUGUGAUAUGUGUAUUUUGAUGUCCUGAUGC